AGCGACGGCCCGUCGCCCAAAAUGCUCUUCAUCUCUGCUCGAUUUAGCGAAGCUAUUUGAUAAAGCAUCAGAUGCCGAAUAUCGCACUAAAAAAGCCAACGAGGAAGAAAUCUUAUGCUGGGUUAACUUUGGGAAAGAAUUCAUGGUUCACUUUAGUGAACUCGUGGAAAAUAGCAAUGGCAAAAUCGGAGAGAAAAAAGCAAAAGGUAUAAUUUAUGAUGGUUUGCUAAAGCAAACUGCCACUAUUCGUGAGAAGAGAUCAAAAGAAAUGGGUAUAGUGUUAUACAGCUUCCAAAAAUCUCCCGUAGUUCUCUAACUAGAAGGACUCAAAGGUCUAUGAAGCUUGUUAGAAUAAUCGAGAAAAUAGGUAUAGAUAAAAUUAAGUAUCUUAGUGAAUAUAGUCCCAAUUCCAUUUCAGAGUUGACUAACGAUCAAAUUCAAGAGAUCAUAGAGAGGGUCCCAAAGGGACCACGGGAUAAUUCUGCAGAGCAGGACGAUUUUCCAACUCCUGAAAUUUCAGCCGGAAAUCUUGAGACUAGCGAAAAAAUCUUGCCUGAAGAAAAUUCAUCAUUAUCAGCCGAUUUGGAGGAUUAUGUAAAAACGCUCACGGGGGAUUUUGACGAUGAGACUGCUUAUUGGGGUACACCAUAUGAGAACGAAGCUAGGGUAGAGAAAGAAGAGGUGAACGAGUCCCCCAGGGUCCAGUCAAACGAUGAUGUGUAUUUUAAUGAGGAAGUCGAUCAUGAUUCCACACCCCAUCCAGUGAAAGAAACGAGUGACAACGAUUCUGAAGAAGAGAUGCCAGACGAAUCGGAUGAUGAUGAAUACGAUAGAUACGGUGGAUAUAAUGAAUAUGGUGAAUGUGAUAGAGGUUAUUAUUAUCGUGACGGAAGAUAUGAAAGAAAAACCUCCCCAAUGAUGAGUCCUAUUAUCUCUCCGGUAACCGCCUAGGAGAAUU